CGAGCUUAGUAGGUAUGGCGACAACGCCACCCAACCACCGGCCGCCGCUUGUGCAAUCAUUCUCCCUGCUGCUUCUCCUCCUCCUCCUCCUCCAUCCUUUCUUCUCCGCCGGGACGCCAUCUAUCACCACCAAAGCCGUGCCGCGGCUGCCGGGUUUCAGCGGGUCCCUGCCCCUCUCCCUCGAAACAGGGUACGUGGCGCUGGACGACGGCGUCCGCCUCUUCUACUACUUCAUCAAGUUGGAGCGCGACCCGGAGGAGGACCCCGUCCUGCUCAGUGUGUUCCUUUUGCUACGAUUACCUAAACUUUAUGUUGCAAAGCUAGCUUCCUACGACCAAAUUAAGAACCCUUCCUUCCAGAGUAGAAAUUGUCAUGUCUAG